AUGGAGCUUGCAUUACAAAUCAUAGCUGCAACUUGCAAGGCAAGUUAUCAGAAGCUUCUACGACAAAAAAGAGAGAACUUGCACAAGAUUUUCUUGACUAAUGACCGACCAAAUUUCAAGUUUCUUAAAUGGUUCAAAUGGAAAAUUGUUAGCUUUAAGUCCCCUGUCUCAUUCUCUUUAAAUGCUUUCAUGCUUCAUUUCUGCACAACCUUCAUUGACAUGUUAUAUUUGAUCUUCGAUGCGUCUGUUCACUUGGGGUUAUCUGUUUUGAUCAGCAUUGGAGGCUACGGCUUGGCUAAAUCACACUGA